AAAUUAUCAAGCUAGUAAAGUUGGAGAUGUUAAUUUGAACUUUUAUGGAUACAGGGAGCUCAAUCACCAAAGGAGGACAGGAAAUACAUAUAACUAAAGAAAUGGCUCUGACCACUCUAUGUCUGAUCAGUAGCAUCCUUACCCUAUGGAUCUCUCCCAUUAAUGCCCAAUCCCCACCAGCUCCACUUCUCUCUCCCUCUCCUUCACCUGCCCCAGCUCCUGGCCCUCACCUUGUCAAUCUCACCGAUCUCCUCUCCGUCGCAGGCCCCUUUCAUACCUUCCUCAACUACCUCCUUCAAACCAAUGUCAUACAAACAUUCCAAAACCAAGCCAACAACACCAAUCAAGGCAUCACCAUCUUCGUUCCCAGUGAUUCAGCUUUCGCAGACCUCCAAAAGCCCUCCCUCACAAACCUUUCCGAAGACCAGCUCAAGUCCCUCCUCCUCUACCACGCAUUCCCGAAUUACUAUUCCCUAUCUGAUUUUCAAAAGCUCAGCAGCAAGAAUCCUGUGAGUACAUUUGCUGGAGGGCAAUACACGCUGAACGUCACCGACACAAGCGGGCUCAUACAAGUUGGUUCAGACUGGUCCAACCCCAAAAUCAGCAGCAGCGUCUACUCUACUUAUCCGGUAUCAGUUUAUGAGGUGAACAAUGUUCUACUUCCGAAGGCAAUUGUUACUACGGCGCCAGCAUACGCACCAGCUCCAGCUCCUGCACCCGAUCACAGCCCAAAUUUGGAUUUGGCACCUACGAGUGGAAAGGGGAAAGGUGAAGCUCCCAAAUCUUCGGAACCAAAUACGGACGAUUCUUCUUCUCCUG